AUGCGAAUCCCCCGUGAAUUUUCGCUGGCCAUCUUGUGUGUCUACUUUCAUGAUAUUUAUGCUGCCACUUUAUCUCAAAGUAGCGGCAAGUUUGCCCGCGAUAAGAGAUAUUUGGUGUACCCGCCGCCUGGGGACUAUGCGGCGACGAGAGUUCAGUUAAUCCUCGGCCUCGGUUUACCCAUGGAAGUUGACGUCAGCAUGAUUAUCGGCUAUGUGCUGAAAUUUAAUUACGUCCUGCCCUAUAACGCCUCGUACUUGACGGAUCCAUACGUCCGCUAUGACAGAUCGAUCAGUCGCCAUGUCGAGCCUGAUGGGAAUGAUGCUUCUCCGUCAAACGCGAAAGUAUUGAUAUCCAGAUGGGAAUGCUACGAAAUCCUCGAGUCUGUCUUCGAAUCUACGCGCUCGGGUAAAGCCUGCCUCUUAAAAACCAUUUGCGAGGCCGCGGCAGUGCCUUUCGGACGAAGUCACACUCUGACUGCGCAACUUGCUCAUAUUUUCCUCACGCCUUCCACUACAUCUGAAUCAUAUGGAAAUGUCUUUGAUCAAGAAUAUCACGCCGCUGAGAUCGCGGGACAACGAGAUCCCAGCAAUUGCGACAACUUAUAUCCCGAAUGCACGGAAAGCCUCUUGGAUUAUUUUACCGAAAUCUAUUAAAAUAAAUGUGCCAUUCCACAAAGAGUGCUCUUAUUUUAGCGUUACGUUAUAGCGCUACAUCAUGAAGUUAUUUAUAUGAUGUCUCUAAAAGUCAAUCUCUAUUGUUAUAGCAGAAUCGAUCGGCGCUUUUUUGGUCGCACAAUUGUAUGGAAAAACAUUAUUCGUCACAAUUUUUCUAUUUUUAAUACGAAAUAUUUGACAUAUAUUUCGCAUUAAUUAAUAAUUUCAAGAAAGAGAGAGAGAGAGAGAGAGUCUUAUUUAUUAUUUUUUAAAGAAGCAAACGUUCUUAUCAAUUUUCAUUCGCAAAACUUCAUUUGCUGAAAUUAUUGAAUACGCACAACUCGUUAAAUUAAAUUCAAUUUGAGUUAUAUGUAUGUAACACGAUGUGCUCUGCGAAGUAUUUUUGAUAUAAAUCCUCGAACAAAAAGCGAGAAUAGAGCGAAAAAAUUGCUAGAGAUUGGAGAUGCAAACGAAGUAUCCUUUUUAAUAACAGUUGCGUUGCACCGCGUGAUGAUUAGUAACCGGUUUCUCUGGCUUCUAUAAAUUUCGAGCCGGUCAUUUUCUCCUCGCGUGCACCUGUUGUCGAACGAGAAUAUUGGCAAUAACAAACCCGAUAACUGCGUCACGUUCCAAUCGCGUUUGGACGCGACUUUUAUAUAUUUUUCGCUUCCUCUCACGACUUCCUUUUCACCAUUCCUUUUCACUCACUCUCGUCCUGCCGCCAUUGUCCUGUUCCUUAAUAUUUGUAAUAUUAGAUCGGACGUGAUCGUACGAUCGGAGCUCGUAACUUAUUU